AUGGGGAAGAAGGCGCGGGCCGCGCCCGGGCGCCGGCCCAUCCUGCAGCUCUCCCCGCCCGCGCCGCGCCGCGACGAGGCGGCGGGACCCGCGGGCGAGGGGGGCGACUCGGGCUCCGAACCGGAUGAGCCCGAGACGGUGGCGGAGCCGCCCCGCAACCCGCCCAAUCCGCCACCUGCCGCUCCCGCCGCGGUUAAGGCCACAGGAGGUUUGUGCCUGCUGGGUGCCUAUGCUGACAGUGAUGAGGAGGAGGGUGAGACCCCGGAGAAGCCGGCCCAUUCCACGGAUGCCAACGGUAGCAAUUCCGCUGACAUCGACAGCACCCUGGCAAACUUCCUGGCUGAGAUUGAUGCCAUCACAGCCCCUCCACAGCCCGCUGAGCCCACCACUGCCUCCUCUUCCUCCUCCUCCUCCUCCGUGCCACCCCCCACGCCUCCCCGCCCGGAGCCGAAGGAUUCGGGCACGUCGUCAGGCACAGCCAAUGGCACGGGCUCGGCGCCAGCCCCGGAGUGGCAGUAUGACACCCAGUGCUCGCUGGCCGGAGUGGGAGAGCUGGAGAUGGGCGACUGGCAGGAAGUGUGGGAUGAGAACACCGGCUGCUACUACUACUGGAACACCCAGAGCAACGAGGUGACCUGGGAGCUGCCCCAGUACUUGGCGACGCAGGUCCAGGGCCUGCAGCAUUACCAGCACAGCAGCACUGUGACAGGCACCAACGGCAGCUUCAUAGCAGCCACGGAGCCGUUCCCUCAGGAGAAGGGGACCCCGGGCGGCGCUAGCCGUGGGACCAGCCUCAGCAAGCGGGAGGUGAAGAAGGAAGUGAAUGAAGGAGUGCAGGCUCUCUCCAACAGUGAGGAAGAGAGGAAGGGAGUGGCUGCAGCCCUCCUGGCCCCACUCGUGCCCGACGUGGUGAAGGAGGAAGAGGAGCGGUGGAGGAGGAAAGUGAUCUGCAAAGAGGAGGUUGAGCCACCUCUGGAAGAGGAGGCAAAAGUGGAAGAGGCACCAGCUGCCCCAGAAGAGCCAGAGCCUAGCAGGGACCCCCUGGAAGACACAGGGCAGGAGGAUCUGUGCAGCGUGGUGCAGUCGGGAGAGAGCGGGGAGGAGGAGGAGGAGCAGGACACGCUCGAACUGGAGAUGGUGCUGGAGAGGAAAAAGGCAGAGCUGCGUGCCUUGGAGGAAGGCGAUGGCAGCGUUUCGGGCUCCAGCCCGCUCUCCGAUGGGAGCCAGUCGGCCUCGCAGGAUGCGUCCCGCAGGCUGGCCUCCAAGCGAGGGAAAUGGAAACUGUUUGUGGGAGCCGCCAGCCCUGAGUCCGCCAGUCGAGGCUCCAGCAAAACGGGCCGGGAGAGCCCAGAAGCAGGAGAAGCAGCCCCAAGCACGGAAGCAACUGAUCCAAGCUCAGACAAAGAGGCAGAACCUGAGGAGCCCCAGGAAAAAGCCAAAUCACAAGGGGCUCCAAAAAUGGAAGAGGAAGAGCAGGAUCUGAAGUUUCAGAUUGGAGAGCUGGCAAAUACUCUGACUAGUAAAUUGGAGUUCCUGGGCAUCAACAGACAAUCUAUCUCCAACUUCCACAUGUUGCUGUUGCAGACAGAGACCCGCAUUGCAGACUGGCGAGAAGGUGCUCUCAAUGGAAACUACCUCAAACGCAAACUCCAAGACGCAGCCGAACAGCUUAAACAAUACGAAAUAAACGCCACCCCUAAAGGCUGGUCCUGCCACUGGGACAGGAUCUCUGGAUCAACUCUUCUGACCAACAGCUCUCCCAAAGGACAAACUUCAACUCACCGACGGAAUGAAGAGCAAGAUUUCUGUCUCCUGCCAGCAGGGAGCAUAGACGCUAUUUCUAUGUUAACAAGCGCUCGGGAGAGUCGCAAUGGGAGUUCCCUGACGGGGAGGACGAAGAGGAGGGACAGCAAGGCGCCGUUGACAGAAAACCUGAUGGUCCUCCAAAGCCACCUCCCAAAGACAAAGGAGAGCUCACUGAGGGGGCCGCUGAGCGCCCUGCAGUCCUCCGUUCCCGUCCUUCAACCUCCCUUGCCUUUGGAAAUGCCUCCGCCGCCUCCGCCCCCGCCAGACUCGCCCCCGCCGCCUCCACCGCCACCCCCACCACCUGGAGAAGAUGGGGAAAUCCAGGAAGUGGAGAUGGAAGAUGAGGGGGGCGAGGAGCCGCCUGCCCCAGGAACAGAGGAAGAUGCUCCCCUGAAGUCCCUGGUGCGCCCCGCUGCCAGCAGCAGCCAGGCCACAGUCGAUCCAAGCCCAGCCCCGCUGCUCUCGGCCAAGCCGCAGAAGAGGAAAGCAGUGGAGAUGAGCCCGGGGAUGAUGCAGCGCACGGCCACCAUUGGCAGCUGCCCUGUCAUCUACAGCCAGCCCCUGAUGGCCACGGGCAAGUACCAGCCAUCAGCCGUGCCCUUGGCCUCCCUGAGGCCACGCCAGCGCCUCCAGAGCGAGAUCCAGGGACGCCCCAACCUCCGCAUGGCUCCAGGCCACGCUGGCCCUCAGCCCACGGCGCUGGGGCUGCAGUCCAGCUACUUGGGUGUGACGGGACCUGCUGCGCCUUCCAUGAUGGGAUACUCGGAGUGCGCUGUGCCUGCCAGCCUGGCCACCACGGCCACCACGCAGCCAGUGCCAGCACGGGGAGCCCUCCCAGCCACAGGCACUGCAGCCGAGCAGCCACCGCCCCCACCACCCCCACAGACACCCCCACCACCCACCCCCAAGGCACCGCCGCCUCCAGAGAAGGAGAAGCCAAGGAAGGGGCGCAAGGACAAGAGCAAGAAGGGCAAGACAAAGAUGCCAUCGUUGGUGAAGAAGUGGCAGAGUAUCCAGCGGGAGCUGGAUGAGGAGGAGAAUUCCAGCUCCAGCGAGGAGGACCGGGAGACCACAGCCCAGCGGCGCAUCGAGGAGUGGAAGCAGCAGCAGCUGAUGAGUGGCAUGGCCGAGAGGAACGCCAACUUCGAGGCACUGCCAGAGGACUGGCGCUCACGGCUGAAGCGGAGGAAAACAGCCUCGAGCACAUGAGGCAUGCAGUGCUGUGCCCACCUCUUGGAGUUUUUUUGUUUUGUUUUGUUUUUUUACAGAUGUACAGUUCCUUUGACCAUUGUCCAAUAAAUUGUAGCAGUUUG